AUGCAGGCACCGCAGGCGAAUCCACAGCUCGCUGGGUUGCCGCAGCGAGAUGCUCUAGUGCUGUCGGAAAAGCUGCAGUUAAUCACAUACGACGGUUUCAUGCACUGCGCCCGGCGGUGCAUCACUCACUACGGCGAGGACUCUAUUCCGUAUCACCCAGGCGAGAAGGCGUGUCUGGAUCGCUGCAUCAGCAAGGUGUACAAUGGGCUUGAGCUUUCCCGCCAGCUCAAGAAGGAGUUUGAGGAAAAGGUGAAGAAGGGAGAAAUGCCGUAUAAGUGGAUGAGAGACAUGACGUCCGCAGUGACAUAA